GAGGGCUACCACAAGCAGAGAUAAGGCGAGAGAAAGAGGGAGGGAAAGAAGCUCAGAAAUGCUCGGGUUCCGUUAUCUGAGCGACGAGAAGCUUCAAGGACUGAGCUACUACAAGUAUAGUUGCAUUGAGACGAAUCCUCUUACGAUUUAUUUCUUCCAACCGUGGUGGAGGACAGUAGUCCAGGUAGUACCAUUAUGGGUUGCUCCCAAUCUUCUAACCCUCGUCGGCUUCCUGUUUCACUUCUCGAUAUUCCUUUUAUUCAGUUUUUAUGAUUAUAGUUUCUUUGCUACGGGUUCAUCGCUAGCUGGACGCAUCCCAGUUUGGGUGUGGCUUUAUUCAGCCGUCGCCCACUUCACUGGUCAUACACUGGACGGUAUCGAUGGUAAACAGGCCAGACGAACUAAAAGUAGCUCACCUCUUGGAGAGCUAUUCGAUCACGGACUGGACAGCGUAGUCUGUGUCUUUAUCCCCCUCAUCCUCUACUCUGUUGUUGGGCGGGGCCAGUGGGGCUGUAGCCCUGCCGAGGGAUACUGGACGGCCAUGGUUUUCAUGUUUGGGUUCUACUUGAGUCAUUGGGAGAAGUACAUUACCGGCACAGUGUACCUACCAUGGGUCUAUGAUACUGGAGAACUGGUAAUACCAAUAGUGUACUUCAUUACUGGAGCUUUCGGUGUUGAGUUAUGGCAGUUCUCUUUAAUGCCAGGACUUACUUGCUCUGAUGCUUUUAGAUAUGGGAUAUAUGUUGGUGCUGUUUUUAGUGUCUUCAGUACUGCUUAUAACAUAUUCCUCUUCUUCAAAUCGAGUGCAAAUUAUGCUGAGGACUACAGUACAACCUCAAUAUCCAACACAAUCCUCGGUACCAGCCCCAGCAGUUCAACCAGUGAGGGAGCUGCUGGAGGCAGGAACAGUAACAGAUCAUUUGUCCAGCUGUACCUCCCUCUCCUGCCGAUGUGUCUCUUGGUAUUGGUCUUUUCUAUCUGGGGUAUGUACUCUCCCAGUGAUGUGCUCGAGAAAGAUCCAAGAGCUUUUAUGCUAACGAUUGGUAUGGUCUUCUCUAAUAUUGCUUGUCGUCUAAUGAUAUCACAAAUGGCCGGAUACACUCCUGACUAUAUAAACUACCUUCUCUGCCCCGUCGUCCUAGCUAUGGGUAUCUCCUUUGCCCUCCCUCAGUAUGAGCUGGUGAUAUUGUACGGCUUGCUGGUUGCUGUACUCUUGGCUCAUCUACAUUAUGGGUGUUCUGUGGUUUAUGAGUUAUGCUGCCAUUACAAUAUUUAUGCUUUCUCCCUCUCAAAGCCACCGCCUCACUGAUUGAAGUAUUAUUAUUAUUAUUAUUAUUAUUAUUAUUAUUAUUAUUAUUAUUAUGAAUUAAAUUUAUUUAUUAGUUGGUAGUAACAUUUUGAAAUGAGAGACAUUUUAUUGGUAUUAUUCUUAUUAUUAUUAUUAUUAUUGCUAUUAUUAUUAUUAUCGUCAUUAAUUAUUUAUGAUUGCUGGACUUAUUAUAGAUCUCAGUAUUAUAUUUGCAUGUUUUUGAGGUAUGAAAUUUUAUUAUGUUUUACCUUUUGAAAGAAUUUUAUCAUUAUCACCAUUAUCACUGUUAUACAAACCA